CUAAAAUUUUAAUCUCAUUUUCUCCUUUAGAUUAAACUUGAUGCACCCCGUAUAAAUAUACGACACUUGGAAACUGAUUACAAUAUUGAUAACUAAUGAUAUUGUUGACUGACUGUGUAAGGCAAACUCUAAGGGAAAUAAUGUGGUUAACUGUAUGUACCCAGGAAGUGGGUUGUUUUUUAAAGUCUCUGCUCCCCCUCUCCCCCCGCCUUUUUUUUCUCAAGUACUGAAAUUAAGCAGCAACUAUCACAGGCCUCCCCAUAGGACACGUGACCUUACUCUUUUCCGUUUUGUUGAAAGAGUCACUAAAAGGAGUGGAUGGCAGUUUUCAUAGCAAGUCAUCAUGGAGAAAAGGACAAGCUGCAGUGUGCAGACAUCUACGAACUGUGACAACUCUUUGGAAACACUGAAUUCUGCCCACCAAGCUACAGGCGCUGUGCAAAUGAGAAUCAAAAAUGCCAACAGCCACCCAGACAGGCAGAGCCAAACUAAAUCCAUGAUCCUCACCGACGCUGGGAAGGUCACUGAACCUAUUUCCCGGCACAGAAGGAAUCAUUCACAGCAUGUGCUGAAAGAUGUCAUUCCACCACUAGAACAUCCAAUGGUCGAAAAAGAAGGGUAUCUUCAAAAAGCCAAAAUUGCAGAUGGAGGAAAGAAACUAAGGAAAAACUGGUCUACUUCCUGGAUUGUUCUCUCUGGCCGAAAACUUGAAUUUUACAAAGACCCCAAGCAGCAAGCUCUCCCUAACGUGAAACCCAGGCCAAAUGCAGAAAGCGUGGAUUUGUGUGGAGCACACAUAGAAUGGGCGGCCAAAGACAAAUCAAGCAAAAAGAGUGUCUUUCAGAUCACAACAGCAUCAGGAAAUGAGUUCCUUCUCCAGUCAGAUAUUGACUUCCUCAUAUUGGAUUGGUUCCAUGCUAUCAAAAAUGCAAUUGACAGAUUGCCAAAGAAUCCAAGUUUCGGAUCCCUGGAGUUGUUCAGUUUCCAGAGAUCUUCAAGCUCUGAACAGCCGAGUCAUUGCCACAUCGAUAGAAAAGAACAGAAACCAGAAAACAGGAAGUCCUUCAUGUUCAGACUGCACCACAGCGUUUCGGAUACAAGUGACAAGAACCGCGUGAAGAGCAGACUGAAGAAGUUCAUCUCCCGAAGACCUUCUCUGAAAACUUUGCAAGAAAAGGGAAUCAUUAAAGAUCAAAUUUUUGGCUCUCAUCUGCACACAGUGUGUGAACGAGAACAUUCCACAGUUCCAUGGUUUGUAAAGCAAUGCAUUGAAGCUGUUGAAAAAAGAGGCCUAGAAGUUGAUGGAAUUUAUCGAGUCAGUGGCAAUCUUGCAACAAUCCAGAAGUUAAGGUUUAUCGUCAACCAAGAAGAGAAGCUGAAUUUGGAUGACAGCCAGUGGGAGGACAUCCACGUCGUCACCGGAGCACUGAAGAUGUUUUUCCGGGAGCUGUCUGAGCCGCUCUUCCCUUACAGUUUCUUUGAGCGGUUUGUGGAGGCGAUCAAAAAACAAGACAGUGAUGCAAAAAUUGAAACUAUGAAGUCUCUGGUAAAAAGUCUCCCUCCACCAAAUCAUGACACCAUGAAAAUCCUCUUCGGACAUCUAACCAAGAUGGCUAGAUCCUGGGACACAAAAUCUAUGGACGGGGAAGACUGUUUGGGUGAGUUUCUACUGGGUUUUACUCACUGCAAUCAUUUCAACAUUCAGCAUAACACUUGGUCCAUGGUCGAUUAUUAAGGAUUACACUUUUAAAAUUAAGGUCCUGGGUGAGUAUAGCUCAAUGGGUAAAUAAAGUAUUUGCUGCAGAAAUAUAAGGUCCUGAGUUCAAAUUCCCAGUGCCCGUGUAAACCCAGGUGUGACAGUGUGAGCAUCUAGAACCCAAGUGUUCCCAUGGUGACAUGGAAAACAGAGACAGGAUGCCCAGAUGCUCCUGGGGCAGCCAGCUUCAAAGUCGGAAAGGCAAAUAGCCAGGUUCCCUUUGUCAAAUAUGGAGAAAGAUGAGGAUCAAUUUCCACAUGCUCACUGUAGCACACACGUGCAUACGUGCCAUGCACAUGCACAUGCACAUGCACAGACACACAAAGAAUAUACCCACAAAAUGUUCACACUUUCUCUAAUAGGAUGCAUUCCCAUAUCAUUAAAGAAAAGCUAAAGUUUCUCAUCAGAUAUGCUUUGAAAUGGCUGGCAUUCGUGGGGCACUGUGAUUAGCACGGUGAAGUCGUUCACCAACAGCAUCGCUGGUAUUCCCUUCUGCUACCUGAGAGUGGCGGGGCCGUGGCUCUAUUUACCAUUGCUGAUAUCCUUCAAAAUACGUAACUAGAAAUAAGUCGUUAAUUGAAGCCCAGGGCUUUUCGCUUUUAAAUCUGCUUUCCUGACAUCCUAUUAGACAAUUUGAAUAUUAUUUUAAAGGUGCUUUGGACUAUCUCUGUAAUGUCUGAUCGAUAAAAAUAUGAGGCAAGUGAAUAAUUGAAAGUGUUUCAAUCUUCUGAAUUGAAAUUAAUGCAAAGUAGCUCAA